AUGUUUCACCAUGUUCUACUUUCUUCUUGUUCACUAGAUGAUGACUUUUUUCAUGAACUCCCAGAAACUUUUCCAUCUGAUCCACCUGAGCCUCUGCCACAUUUCCUUAUUGAACCUGAAGAAGCUUAUAUUGUGAAGAAUAAACCUGUGAACCUGUAUUGUAAAGCCAGCCCCGCCACUCAGAUCUACUUCAAGUGCAACAGUGAAUGGGUUCAUCAGAAGGACCACAUUGUAGACGAGAGAGUAGAUGAAACCUCUGGUCUCAUUGUGCGGGAAGUGAGCAUUGAGAUUUCACGCCAGCAAGUGGAGGAACUGUUUGGGCCUGAAGACUACUGGUGCCAGUGUGUGGCCUGGAGUUCAGCAGGCACCACAAAGAGCCGGAAGGCAUAUGUGCGCAUCGCCUACCUAAGGAAGACAUUUGAGCAGGAACCUCUGGGAAAGGAAGUGUCUUUGGAACAGGAAGUGCUACUCCAGUGCAGGCCGCCUGAAGGGAUCCCAGUGGCUGAGGUGGAAUGGUUGAAAAAUGAAGACAUAAUUGAUCCUGUGGAAGAUCGGAAUUUUUAUAUCACAAUUGAUCACAACCUCAUCAUUAAGCAGGCCCGUCUCUCAGAUACUGCAAAUUAUACCUGUGUUGCCAAAAACAUUGUUGCCAAGAGGAAAAGCACAACUGCCACUGUCAUAGUCUAUGUAAAUGGUGGCUGGUCCACCUGGACGGAGUGGUCUGUGUGUAAUAGCCGCUGUGGACGAGGGUAUCAGAAACGUACCCGGACCUGCACCAACCCAGCCCCACUCAAUGGUGGGGCCUUCUGUGAAGGACAGAGCAUGCAGAAAAUAGCCUGUACUACAUUAUGUCCAGUGGAUGGCAGAUGGACUUCCUGGAGCAAGUGGUCUACAUGUGGGACUGAGUGCACCCACUGGCGCAGGAGAGAGUGCACGGCGCCAGCUCCCAAGAAUGGAGGCAAGGACUGUGAUGGCCUGGUCUUGCAAUCCAAGAACUGCACGGAUGGGCUGUGCAUGCAGAGUUUCAUUUAUCCUAUUUCAACUGAACAGAGAACCCAGAAUGAAUAUGGAUUUUCUUCUGCUCCUGAUUCAGAUGAUGUUGCUCUCUACGUCGGGAUUGUGAUAGCAGUGAUAGUUUGCCUGGCCAUCUCUGUGGUGGUGGCCCUGUUUGUGUAUCGGAAGAAUCAUCGUGACUUUGAGUCUGAUAUUAUUGACUCUUCAGCACUCAAUGGGGGCUUUCAACCUGUGAACAUCAAAGCAGCCAGACAAGAUCUUCUGGCAGUACCCCCAGACCUCACCUCAGCUGCAGCCAUGUACAGAGGACCUGUCUACGCCCUGCAUGAUGUCUCAGACAAAAUCCCUAUGACCAAUUCUCCAAUUCUGGAUCCAUUGCCAAACUUGAAAAUCAAAGUGUAUAAUACCUCAGGUGCUGUCACGCCCCAAGAUGACCUCUCUGAGUUCACAUCUAAGCUAUCCCCCCAGCUGACCCAAUCCUUACUGGAGAAUGAGGCUCUCAAUCUGAAGAAUCAGAGUCUUGCUAGGCAGACGGACCCAUCUUGCUCUGCAUUUGGCACCUUCAACUCUCUCGGGGGUCACCUCAUUGUUCCCAACUCAGGAGUAAGCUUGCUGAUUCCUGCUGGAGCCAUUCCCCAAGGGAGAGUCUAUGAAAUGUAUGUGACUGUACACAGGAAAGAAAAUAUGAGGCCACCAAUGGAAGAGUCUCAGACACUGUUGACCCCUGUGGUGAGCUGUGGGCCUCCGGGAGCCCUGCUAACCCGCCCCAUCAUCCUCACACUGCAUCACUGUGCAGAUCCCAACACUGAAGACUGGAAGAUACAGCUCAAGAACCAGGCAGCACAGGGACAGUGGGAAGAGGUGGUGGUGGUUGGAGAGGAAAACUUCACUACCCCCUGCUACAUUCAGCUGGACGCAGACGCCUGCCACAUCCUCACAGAGAACCUCAGCACCUAUGCCCUGGUUGGUCAUUCUGUCACCAAAGCAGCUGCCAAGCGCCUGAAGCUGGCCAUCUUCGGGCCCCUCUGCUGCUCCUCCCUGGAGUACAGCAUCCGGGUCUACUGUCUGGAUGACACACAGGAUGCCCUGAAGGAAGUUUUACAACUCGAGAGACAGAUGGGAGGACAGCUCCUGGAAGAACCCAAGGCUCUUCAUUUUAAAGGCAGUACCCACAAUCUGCGCCUGUCAAUUCACGAUAUACCCCAUUCCCUCUGGAAGAGCAAGCUGCUGGCUAAAUACCAGGAAAUUCCUUUCUACCAUAUCUGGAGUGGGUCUCAAAGGAACCUCCACUGCACCUUCACUCUGGAAAGACUCAGCCUAAACACAGUGGAGCUGGUCUGCAAACUCUGCGUGAGGCAGGUAGAAGGAGAAGGAGAGAUCUUCCAGCUCAGCUGCACCGUGUCAGAGGAACCUACAGGCAUCGAUUUGCCUCUGCUGGAUCCCGCGAGCACCAUCACCACUGUCACGGGGCCAAGCGCUUUCAGCAUCCCGCUUCCUAUCCGGCAGAAGCUAUGCAGCAGCCUGGAUGCCCCACAGACGAGAGGCCAUGACUGGAGGAUGCUGGCCCAUAAACUGAAUCUGGACAGGUACUUGAAUUACUUUGCCACCAAAUCGAGCCCAACUGGUGUAAUCCUGGAUCUUUGGGAAGCACAGAACUUCCCAGAUGGAAACCUGAGUAUGCUGGCAGCUGUCUUGGAAGAAAUGGGAAGACAUGAAACAGUAGUGUCUUUAGCAGCAGAAGGGCAGUACUGACCACACUGGAACUGAAAAUGAAGGACGAAAAUGCACAGGGAGUCUGUGACUGUCCAGGGGAAACACAGCUGAGGAGGAAAUCAGACCAAUGAGCUUCACAAGCAAGAUGGCAGUGGGAGAGAAGAGAACAGAUGCAACUACCAACGUCCAGGCCUACUUUAUUCAGACAACACCAAGGAAGUUAAGAAAAAUUGUGUAAAUUUGUACCUUGAAUUUAGAAAUCAAUCUACUUUUCCUCUUAGUUGGGCUGUAUGCUGUAUGGUACAGGAUCUUACAGUUUCCUAGGAAACGCUUUUUAUUGCUAUCCAGAUAUAUGGAUAAACUUUCUUAACAAACCCAAUUUCUACAAAUGUUGUUUACAUCAGAUUGGACAGGGAUGCAGACACUGUCCAUGGCUUGUUCUAUUUUUGUUUAAAUCAUUUGAAGUUGAAGCUGUGGACGGCUUGUUGUGUCUAUUUCAGAUUAGCAAUUUACAGAGAAAUCACAGACUUUUGCUACAAAUUGUGUACAUCUUGUGUCUCAGAUAAUCCUCCCAUCAAUUUUCUGUUUCUAGAACUUGUAGAACUUGCAGAUCCAGUGUUACUGUUUGUAUCAGGGAAGUGGAGAGUCCAAAUAUAAAGGAGAAAGGACUAAGAUUCCUUAUGCCUGGGGGCAGGGGGGUUGGAUAUGAUACCCUUUGAGAAUAAAGCUGUAGCUCUGCAGGGAAAACAAUGAUUCGUGUUCAACCACACAGACAUUUCUUCAUGACGUGUGUUUGUAAUAUGCAAAUUUCAAGUGUUGUUUUUUAAAAAAGUUGUCAUUAUUAUUAUUGUUAUUAUCGAUGAGUAUCUACAGGUAUUCUAGUAUAAAGAUUUUCUUAACUUUGGUUUUAGUUAGCAGUACUGUUAGUAUUUGGUAUUGAUGAGACCUGCCUCCUUUUCUCCUAUAUCAAGGUUGGUAUGGUCACCAGCUUAAUCCAAUUGGCAUUGCUUCUUUGACCAACUAUUUUUCUUCUACCAUUCUGUGGUGGAAAGGUAGUAAAAUCUUACUGGCUCUGCCUGUUGGUUCUUUCAGCUUGCUCAGGCAGGGUCUUUCUCCUCUGAGUCUUAUCAUGACAAGGGUUCUCCAGGAAAGUCACUUCAUCUCAUAGUUUUGAAUAUCAAUCAUGCUUUGUCUAUCUUAGGGGCAGUGUGGUUGGGGGAACAGCCUUUGACCCGGAAAUCAGGAAGCCAGUUCUCAUCUUGGAUUUACUACUGUCUAGCUGUGCUACCUUGG